AUAUGGCAGUUCAGGUAGAAUUGUCAUGUUUGGAUACUUUUCCUCCUCAUCUAAACCCUUUGCACCUUCUUGCGAGCAAGAGCCAGUUUUGCCGUCUGCUCCAGAGAAGCGAUGAGUCCGCCUACGUGCUGGUGUUCUCACGAAAGCGGCAAUCUCCGUCUAGUUCCGAAAUGUUUUUCUGUGUACACUUAACGACGGAGGGAGAGGCGAUGGGGUCCGAGGAGGCUGUCAGUUACGAUGCUCCUUUAAAACUGUAUACCAGCACUCUGUUUCAUAGGCAUUACGGUCUGCAGCAUGGUGCAAUGGGCAGCGUGCGUUUAAUUUCGCCGAUCGGGCUUGAAAAAAUAGUGAUCGGUGCUCGAAGCCGGCAGAGCUUCAAAUGGGCGACGUCUGACAGCUUUUCUAACGGGCUGCUUGUGUUGGCGUCCUGUCAAAAGCAUGCGAUUGUGGCCAGACAGGGCGACGCUCUGCUGGUGCCCUACCACCCCCUAUUCGGGGAGGACGUGGCUCAGGUGCAUCAGCAGCUCUCCGACCUGUUUGUGCUGGAGUGCACGCCUGUCACCCAGGGGGUUGUAACUGUCAGCACCAGCGUAGUGGUGGCGGAUUGCAGGGACUUGGUGCACAAUCCGGAGCCUGUGCCCAGCGCCAGCACUGGCAGGGUUUUAAGCGCCCUUUUCGCCUCCGAUUUCGCGCAUUAUGCCAGCAGUUUAGAUGGCAGAAGCUCCCUUUUGCAAAAGAGCCAGCUUAUGAACUCGGACUUUUCUGUGGUGUUGCAAGCGCUGGAGUGUCGCUUUGAAGUCAGGGUCGUCGACAUCUUCAGCCUGAGAAAGCAAGGCAGGCUGCAAGCGGCGGAAGAGCAGCAGUCUGAGAUUGACGUGGACGGUGCUAUCUUUGUAGGCAAGAGCCUGCUACUUAAACUUGGGCUAUUUAAUCACGAGUGGGUGAUUGGGUCCGCGUUAAGUCCUUCAUGCGACAAAACGAAGCUAAGUCCAGGGAGAGUAGAGGAGAGACCCCCACGGAAGGAUGCUGCCAGGAGCCGGGCCAGCGGGGGUCACCUCGCCUCUGUCGUAGCCGCUGACUUGGGGAAGUCCGCUGAUUUGGACCUGCAGGAAAACGUGGCUUUCGUCUCUCCCGCGCUGUGGUUUAAUCUGUCGGGUGGAGAGCCGGUGCCCGUCAGCAACAGGAUGGUAAAGAUAAAGCGGUGCAGCGAGCCGGCACCGGAGGUGGGGGCGCGGCUUUCGGAGAGCCGCUCCCGCAGCGCCUGUCCGCCUUACGCAAAGGAGCUUCACAUUCAGCUGGUCGUUUCUCCCCAGUACGACUGCAACGGGCUUUUCGACGGCAUCCUCGCUGAGCAUUUCAGCACGCCCAGGCUGGUGCAGGACGGUGAUCUGUUGUGCGUCCCCAGCGAAGGCCGAGCGGAGCUCCUGGAGACCAGCUCUGAGGGCUUCAUGGGUUGGCCAAUGCUGUACUUUAGGGUGAAGAAAGUGUGCAGCAGCGGGGAGAUGGGAGACAGGAGCCCGGCUGCGUAUUUAGCGGAUACGGUGAACACGUCUCUCUACAUGGGCGGCGCCGUCAACAGCCUGGUCCCUUGUUCGUCGCUGGGUGAUGCUCCUUCCUACUGGUCGAGCCUCUCUCCCCCUGGCCUCUCCAAGGCUGUGGAUCAGCUGACCACCAUUAUGCAGCCUUACCUCUAUGACAGUUCUGCAGCACUGGGCACUUGCACCGUCCUGCUGUCGGGACCGGGGGCGUGCGGCAAAGUGACAGCUGCCAGAGCUGCCUGCCGCAGGUUAAACCUGCAUUUCCUAAAGGUUGACUGCGUGCAGCUCUGCGCAGACACGGCCUCGGCCUGCGAAGCAAAGUUGCGCUCGGCCUUCGGUAGGGCGGGCAGACACUGGCCUUGUGUGCUACUGCUGAGGAAUGUGCAUCUGCUGGGCCGGCAGCACGACGGGCCUGACGACGACACCAGGGUCCUGGGCGCCCUGGCGCGGCUCGUAUCCGGCUGCCCGGCCAGCAUUGCGGUCAUCGCCACGGUGCCCAGCCCCCCAGAGCUGUCCCCGGAUGUGACGGCGGUGUUUGUCCACCAGGUGGAGGUGGAGAGUCCCACCGAGGAGCAGAGGCGGGCCAUGCUGGUCAGCCUGAGCGUGGGAAUGCCACUGGGAAAGGAUGUCAACCUGGGGAGGACGGCCAGGCAGACAGCGGGGUUCCUGCUGGGUGACCUCAAUGCGUUACUGACACAGGCUGGGAAGGCCGCACACAGAAGGCUGCUGAAAACCUGUUUUCCAGAGGGCAUCACACCUCAGGCUGAGCUGGACCUCUGCUCCUCAGGCGUGUCCGUGCUGAACGUCGACCUCACCGCCGCUCUCGAGCACCUGCAGGAGGCCCACUCGCAGGCCGUCGGCGCUCCCAAGGUUCCCUCGGUCAAGUGGCAGGAUGUGGGUGGUCUGCAGCACGUGAAGAAGGAGAUCCUAGAUACCAUCCAGCUGCCCUUGGAGCACCCGGAGCUGGUAUCGCUGGGACUGCGGCGGUCCGGGCUGCUUCUUUAUGGACCCCCUGGAACGGGCAAGACUCUGCUGGCCAAGGCUGUGGCCACUGAGUGCUCCAUGACCUUCCUCAGCGUCAAAGGACCGGAGCUGCUGAACAUGUACGUUGGACAAAGUGAGGAAAAUGUUCGAGAAGUAUUUUCCAAAGCAAAGGCUGCCUCCCCCUGUAUAAUCUUCUUUGAUGAGCUGGACUCCCUCGCUCCCAACAGGGGGCGUAGUGGGGACUCUGGAGGCGUGAUGGACCGGGUGGUCUCCCAGCUGCUGGCUGAGCUAGACGGGCUGGAUUCCUCCGGGGACGUGUUUGUGAUUGGUGCCACUAACCGGCCUGACUUACUGGACCAGUCGCUGCUGAGACCUGGCAGGUUCGAUAAGCUGGUCUAUGUUGGGAUUAAUGAAGACCGGCAGUCCCAGCUGCAGGUCCUGCAGGCCAUCGCCAGAGAGUUUAAAAUGGAGCCUUGUGUCAGCCUCGUGGACAUCGUGGAGCGCUGCCCCCCCCAGCUGACCGGCGCUGACAUGUACGCGCUCUGCUCGGACGCCAUGACGUUGGCUAUCAAGAGGAAGAUCAACUGCAUCCAGGAAGGUCUGGACACAGAGAGCUCACAGCUUGUCCUCUCAUCUGAGGACUUCUGGCAGGCCCUGGAGAAACUCCGGCCUUCCGUGUCGGACCAGGAGCUGCUCAAAUACAAGUUGAUCCAGCAGAAAUUUGCUGCCAAGUGACACGGUCACACCAGGGGGCGUCUUAGCGUGUCUUUGGAAAAUGGUGUUCCACUGGUGUCCCUGUGAGCAAACUCCACCAGGCUGCAGUGUCGAUACAGGGCUGUUGCCCCCCCCCCCCCCCCCCCCCCAGGAAGCUGCCCUGGUUUUCCUCUCCCUCUUCAGAAGUCUGAAGGCCGCUUGGGGCCCACAGAAUGAACCAGAAUGUCAACAAACCAGAUUUCAUCCCACACAAAGCAAGCAAGGAGCGUGAUUCUGCACCCAAUGGGUAAAAAAAAGUGCACCGUCAACAGGACUGAAAGCUUGUAAGGGGCUGUUUUCAUCUGCUGUGGUUUUUCAUGUUCCCCGACCAAAGAUUGAGCUUAAAAUAGUAAUGGAGCAGAGAGAAAAUAGCAGGAGAGCAUUUUCAUCAGAAACACUAACAGAAGCCUCAAUACCUUCACUCAAAAAUGUACGUGUGACCUUCCUAGAGUCGUUUUCAUUCUCAAAAUAAGCAUCUUUUUGGCAUAACGGGGGUCGUCCAUGAAUAGAUGCUGCUUACAGAAACGCCCACAAAACUAAAAUUACGGAGUUCUUUUUGUGAUGGCUGCCAGUGCCUUGUUAAAACAACAACAGAGUUUUCAUUUCUUUUUUCUUCCAGAUCUUUCUUAUGUCAGGGCCACUGAGUUCGAAGCACCAUUGGGACAAAAGAUUAAACAGUAACUAGGAGGUUUUGCUGUAAUGUCCUCUUAACAUUUGAAAGUAGCCAGUUUUCUGUUUAUUACACCUAAUGUUCUUAACUGACCAAAGACUUCAAUCUUAUUUCUGAAUCAUCCUGUGUGCAUAUGUAUCAGUGUUUUUUAAUUCUUGUAAUAAGUAAUAAAAAAAAUUUCAAUUUCCA